AUGUCGGUGCUGCUCUUCAACGUCUUCGUGGAGGCUUUGCAGAUCGCCGCCAAGGAGGACAGGGCCAUUGCGCAGCGGCGCCUCUUCGAAAGAGAGCUCGCCGCAGAGCUGGCCAAAUGGAGCAAAGGAGGUGGACAAGCACGACUUUGUGGUGUGAUGUGCGAAGGCGCGCUGCCCCUUCAGCCUGUCCUGCCGGAGCAUGCCGAGCACCUGGAGGUAAAAGCGGCCAAGCCGGCGCGCCUCCUCUUUCUACAUGCCUCGCCCCUCUGCGUACUCACGCGUGGGCCGAAUGGGCAGUCAAAGUACGCCCCCCUGCCGCGGCUGAAGAUCGACCGCGAGGUUCACGCCGUACGCGAAGCAUUGCAAGGAGCCGUCGACGUGAAGGUGAAGACCGCCUCCGUCCACAAUCUCCGCAAGGCGGUCACAGAAGGAAACCUUUGGCUCCACCUUUCUGCGCAUACUGCCAACGAGAGCACCUUGGUGCUUGAGGAUGGUUUCGGAGGCACCGAGGUCGAAGCCGACCUCGAGCGAGGCGACUCUUCUCGAACACCAAUGUCCUGCUGCAGGCGGGAUAUGGGGUGGAAUUGA